CCACAAACCAAAUAUCACACGUUCCCCAUUUCGCUCUACUUGACAUCGACACAGACUACUUAUUUCGACCGUCUGUAUUCUCCAUCAUUGAUCGCAACGUCUCCGCAAGACAUCCUACGAAACUCCUACCAGUAGCAUGAGUGAAAUGACACCCUUCUCGGCAGCUUCGGCCAGCCAUGUGUCCAUUCCAGUGACUUUGAAGGUCGAUGAAUCCGAUCCAAUAGCCGGGGCGGAUGAGAACGCUCGACAGGAAUUGUGCAAAUCGAUCUUCUUGGGAGCUGUCCCAUGUACUGUGGCAACGAAUCAUGGCCAACAAUGGUUCGUAGAAGCGACACUUCCUCAGAGUCGAACAUUCCAUGGAACAGACGCUGAAGCGGACGAUGGGAUGUUUGAUUAUCGAUAUAACUUCGGUGCCACUGUAUCCGACAUCUGUCAUCAGACAGACAGGGCUCUCGUUGAUCGUAUUCAUGCACUUUCGACUCAGAAUAAGAUCUCCGUGUACGCCAAGUUGGUGGAUUUUACUCCUGCAACAGAUACAGAGCCUGGAUAUAUUCUGCCACAAGCGGACGUCAGCGUCCAGUUGAGUCAGAAUGCUGAUGACGAAGUGCAAAUCCAAUCAAGUCCUGGCCAAAGAUUCAUCGCCAGCAACUCAAGGUGGACCCUCAGCGUGGUUCCAUCAUCGAUCUCAGAUGAUCUCGGCUUGGAGGAGGCAGACAGGGCGCGCCUCCAAGCCUUUACAUGGGAUGGUCUCGGCACCAUCAUGGUCGGCCUCGAAGGGACAGACAGAGUGCCAUUGGACAUGGACGUGUCUGACGCCGGAUCGGCGGAUCAACUGCAGAGGAAACGUCAGAGGACAGAGUGA